CUAUAAAUAUACUCUGACACCCCCUUCAGAAUCAGAGAAAAAAAAAUCAAAUCCAAAAGAAACCCAAGAUUAUAAAUUUAGUAUCGAUUUGAGUAUUUGAAUAGUUUAGAUUACAAGAAUGGCAGGGGAACUAGUAUUGUUGGAUUUCUGGCCAAGUCCAUUUGGGAUGAGAUCCAGGAUUGCUUUGGCUGAGAAAGGGAUACCAUACGAGUACAGAGAAGAAGAUUUGAGGAACAAGAGUGAUUUGCUGCUGCAGAUGAACCCUGUUCACAAGAAAAUCCCUGUUCUUAUCCAUAAUGGUAAACCCGUUUGUGAGUCGGUCAUUCAGGUUCAGUAUAUUGAUGAGGUCUGGCAUGAUAAAGCUCCUUUGAUCCCUUCUGAUCCUUAUCAAAGAGCUGUUGCCAGAUUCUGGGUUGAUUUCAUUGACAAGAAGAUGUAUGAGCUGGGGAGCAAAAUAUGGAAGACAAAGGGAGAAGAACAAGCAAAUGCAAAGAAAGAAUUUAUUGAGUGCCUGAAGCUGUUGGAAGGAGAGCUUGGAGACAAGACUUACUUUGGAGGAGAAAGUCUUGGAUAUGUGGAUGUUGCAUUAGUUCCAUUUUAUAGCUGGUUUUAUGCUUAUGAGAAGUGUGGGGACUUCAGCAUUGAAGCAGAGUGUCCCAAGAUGAUUGCUUGGGUUAAAAGGUGCAUGCAAAAGGAGAGUGUAGCCAAGAGCCUUCCUGACCAAGAAAAAGUCUAUGAAUUUAUUCUGCAGUUGAAGAAAGUCUUUGGAAUUGAGUAAUUCAAUUCUUGGGAUCCAAGCUUCAGGCAUGUACUACCAUUAUAUCUGGUUUUAAAUAAAAGGGCAUUUAGCUGUUGCCUGCCUGGUUGGGAUUGUCAUUUGAAAUUUCUGAGUUUUCAAUUUAUAAAGUACUUUUAGUUCC